AUGAACCUUAUGCCAGUGCUGACCCUCCUGGGAGUCACCACUCUGUUACCCUGUAUAUCAGCUCUGAGCUGUCAAAGGGCCAUAAUCGAGGCUGUGCGGAAUGCCUCGGAGCUGCCCCUUGAGUGGAAAACCGGUGAGAGAACCUGUGAGGUCGGUGAGAGUUGCCAAGACCUGGUGAUGCUCCUGGAGAAUGGACCCCGAAUAAACUUGCUGAUCAUCAAGGACUGCGUUCAGGCUGAGGACCAGGAGCCCCGGGUUACCUGGCUCAGGACCGGUCCCGGGCUCUCUAUCGUCUCCUACACCCGUGUAUGUCACCAUAGUGACUUCUGCAAUGAUGUGUCCAGCACUGAGGUUCUUGGGGACCUACCCACACCCACAGUCCCAGGGUCCCUGCGCUGCCCACUCUGCCUUUCUAAAGAUGGCUGUAAGAAUGCACCCGAGCAUGUCUGCCCCACAGGCAGCUCACACUGCUACAGUGGAGUCCUCAGGCUCAGGGGAGAGAGCAUCACCACCAAUCUGAGGGUGCAGGGCUGCAUGCCCCAGCCAGCCUGCAACCUGCUCAACGGCACCAAGGCAAUCGGGCCCUUGGAUAUGAGUGAAAACUGUGGUCUCCAGUUGGGGCCACAAGCUCUGGACUGCAACAGUGGGACCUUAGACACUGUAAGGAACAUAUCGGAUCUGCACCUGAGCUGGACAACUGGCUGGAAAACCUGUGAGGCCGGCCAGGGAUGCCAGGAAACAUUGAUGCUAAUACAGAAUGGACAAGAGUUUCACAUGGUUCUCACUAAAGGAUGUACUAGUGAUUCAAACAGAGAGGCUCAAAUCACCAGGCAUAGGACAGGCCCCGGAAUCUCCAUAAUCACCUACGUCCAUGUGUGCCGCCACGAGGACUUCUGUAAUGACCUGUCUACAACUAGAAAUCUUUGGACCCCACCCUCUGGCACAGUGCCAGGGACGCUGCGCUGCCCACACUGCCUUUCAACCCGUGGUUGUGAGAACGCCCCUGAGCAGGUCUGCCCCGCAGGCAGCUCACACUGCUACAGUGGAGUCCUCAGGCUCAGGGGAGAGGGCAUUGCCACCAGCCUGAAGGUACAGGGCUGCAUGCCACAGGCAGGCUGCAACCUGUUUGAUGGUACCAAGGCAAUUGGACCGAUAGAUGUGCUUGAGAACUGCGGCCCCCAGUCAGAGGCUCUGAAAUGCCAGCAUGGGACAUUGGAGAUCACAAGGGAUGUAUCGCAGCUGCCGCUCCAAUGGACAGCUGGCCAGACAACUUGUGGUAUUGGUGAAGGCUGCCAAGACACGCUGCUGAUGAUAGAGAAUGGGGAGAAGGUGAAUUUGGUUCUCACCAAGGGCUGCACGACUGCUGAGGACCAAGAGGCCAAAGUCACAGAGCACAGGACCGGCCCGGGGCUGUCUGUCACCUCCUACACCCGAGUGUGCCGCCUAGGACACCUCUGCAAUGGCCUGUCUACCACAGCCCCUCUUUGGGCUCCACCCCCUGUGACAAUCCCAGGAACCACACGCUGCCCACUCUGCUUUUCAACCCAUGGCUGUGAGAAUCCACCCAAGCAGGUCUGCCCUGCAGGCAGCACACACUGCUACAGUGGAGUCCUCAGCCUCAGGGGAGGGGAGAUCAUCUCCAAUCUGAGGGUGCAGGGCUGCAUGUCCCAGCCAGGCUGCAAUCUGUUCAAUGGCACCCAGACAAUUGGACCCAUGUAUGUACGUGAGGACUGCAGUCCUCAGAAAGGUACUCUGACCUGUUACAAGGGGAUCAUGAGGAAAUCUGGCAGUGGCUUUGCUGAGACACCUGUCGCAUGGUCUGCACUGUCGACCCUGGUGUGUGACCCUGAGGAGUUAUGUCAGGAGACUCUCCUGCUGGUGGACGUAGGACCAAAAACACUCCUAAUAGGGAGCAAAGGCUGCAUCAGGCCUGGGGCAGAGGACAGUGCCGGUGUCUCCAUACACUCCCGGCCCCCUGGAAUACUGGUGGCUUCCUAUUCACGCUUCUGUUCCUCCAACCUGUGCAACGAAGCCAGCAGCAGCAGCGUCCUGCUGAGCCCCCUCCCUCGUCCAACUGUCCUUCCCCCUGGAGACCUGCAGUGUCCAGUGUGUGUGGAGUUAUUUGGAUCCUGCUUCAAUGACACCAACUUUGUGGCCUGCCCUCAGGGUACCACUCGCUGUUAUAAUGGUGACAUUGUGCUCCAGGGAGGUGGCCUGUCUUCCACAAUGAGCAUUCAGGGAUGCAUGUCCUCACCUGGUAAAACUUUACUGGGGGACUCCAAAACAAUUGGGAUCUUCUCUGCAAAGGAACUCUCUGAGGACAAAAAUGAUGAAAAGCCUCUGGAUGGAGGUGCCUCAGCCCCUUCCCUCGCCUGGGUGUUAGGGCUGGGGCUCUCCUUAGCCUUUUGUCUGGAGGGCUUGGUCCUCUCUGAUGAACCCAUUUUCCUGUGGUUCCUAAUCCCUAUUGGCCACCCAUACCCAUCCCUCCUCUGACAUCAUAACCUAUGACCUUAC